AUGUCUUCGUCGAGAAACAAUCGUUCUGUUGCAAUGUAUUUGGAAGAUAAAAGCAAGCUUGCAAAACUUUUGUUAUCGGAUGGUUGGCCCAAGAUCCUUGGUUCACGGCUAAGUGUGCAGAAGAACGAUGCUGCUGGAAAUUUCAUGCAACUUCUUUUGAUGAAAGGAACGAAAUGUUUCAGGUCAGUCAUACUCGCACUUAUUGAUGCUAUAAAGGAAACCAACUCUGGUAGUGUGAUAAAGUUUGAAUUUGAUCUUGCAAAGAAACAGUUCCAACGGAUUUUCAUUGCGUUUGAUGCAUGCAUCAAAGGGUACCGGUUUUUUCGGUCAAUGGUAUACUUGGAUGCUACUUUCCUUACUGGUAGAUUCAGAGGUUGCUUGAUGGCAGCUACUGGUAUCAAUGGUGGAAAAGAUCGCCAUGAAGGACUCUUGCAGGUUGUUCCACUUGUCUAUCCAGAUUUGUUCCACAGCUUUUGCUACUAUCAUUUGAAGACUAAUCUACCCAUCAAUGGCUCAGAUCCUAGGUACACGCUUGUGUUGGACCUUUUCCAAGAAGCAACAUACGCACUCUCACCUGAAAACCAUGAUAAGGCCAUACAUAAAAUUAGAGAUUUGAACUGUGAUUGGGUGGCUGACUACAUCGAGACCAUCCCACCUGAAUCAUAUGCGAAUGCCUAUUUCAAAGGUUGUCGGUAUGGACGCACAUCUAGUACAGCAGAAGCACUCAAUAACUGGGUUCUGGUUCACAAGAAGAUGCCUACAUCUGCUCUUCUUGAUCAGAUUAGGAGGAAAAUAAUGGUAAUGAUGGCAGACCGUCGUGAAAUUGGCGCUAAUAUGAUGACUCCAUUAUCCCCCAGUGUAUGA